UGAAAUACACAUAUGCCUUGUUGCCAUUAUUUGGUUGAGGUGAAGAAAUUAAGGCACGCUUAGUUAAACGGAGGCUGCCAUGAUUUCUACAAUAGGGUAUCCAUCGUGGACAUGGCCAAUUAUGCAAGCAAAUAAAAGACUUUAUUGUCGGAUAACUCCUGACAAUGUUUUUUUUUUUUUUUUCCCAACGGCAAUGCAAGAAUUUUGCAUUCUCUGUUUUGUCUCCUGUGUGAAUAGUCGGACACAUUGGUACUCGUACGUUCGAGCCCAUCAGAUGGUUUGGGUGAAGCCUAAUUUGGCAAUCGUUCAUGGUGGACCACUUGACACCGACGCUUAGCCAAUGGGAACUGAAGUACGUGCACCGUUGUCCAAUAAGAACGGAGUUGAGAGGCAUCGGAUGCCUCCACUUUGCGUCAUUAAAUACCCUCCAUGCUCCGAAUUUUGGGACAUUGGGACUGCUUUCGACUCCAACGAAGUGGUUUAGCAACAAUUUAAUGGUGUCACGGCCAGGUUAAAAAAAUCGUACGUAUAGAAGUUGUUUUAAUAUCUUCAAUAAAUUCCGCGAGUCUCCUUGGCUCUUCGCCCCCCCCCAAAAAAAAAAAUAUAUAUUUUGGGGAAACGCAGCCACGUUAAGUCAGUUGGAAUCGGAAUGACAUCCGCACUACUGCUGCUGACCUGAGGCCGUCAGCCACAGUGUCGCGAAAGGUUCACGUGUAACAAGCAGCUGGACUAGGAGGGGAAGAAAAAAAAAAGAUUGCGCCAUGAAGGAAAAAUCAAAAAAUGCUGCCCGGACUCGACGCGAAAAGGAAAAUCGUGAAUUUUACGAACUGGCAAAACUAUUGCCGCUGCCCUCAGCCAUGACUUCGCAGCUGGACAAAGCCUCUAUCAUCCGCUUGACAACAAGCUACUUCAAAAUGCGGCUCGUUUUUCCUGAAGGCCUUGUUGAGUCAUGGGGCAAAGUGAGCCGCAACUCUCUGGAUGGUCUCAGCCAGGAAUUGGGUUCCCACCUCCUACAGACAUUGGAUGGCUUUAUAUUUGUGGUUGCUCCAGAUGGGAAAAUAAUGUACAUAUCAGAAACAGCCUCGGUCCAUUUGGGUCUGUCUCAGGUUGGUUUAACAAAGGUGGAGUUGACAGGAAACAGCAUAUUUGAAUAUAUUCAUCCUGGAGACCAUGAUGAAAUGACAUCUGUACUCACAGCACACCAACCUUACCAUUCACACUUUGUACAAGAAUAUGACAUGGAGCGCUCAUUUUUUCUGAGAAUGAAAUGCGUCCUUGCAAAAAGGAAUGCUGGUCUUACAUGUGGCGGUUACAAGGUGAUUCACUGCAGUGGCUACUUGAAAAUCCGCCAGUACAGCCUGGAUAUGUCUCAAUUUGAUGGCUGUUACCAGAAUGUUGGCCUGGUGGCUGUUGGUCAUUCAUUACCACCCAGUGGGGUCACAGAGAUCAAACUCCACAGCAACAUGUUCAUGUUUAGAGCCAGUCUGGACAUGAAGCUCAUCUUCCUCGACUCGCGUGUUGCGGAGCUUACAGGCUAUGAGCCACAAGAUCUAAUAGAGAAGACCCUCUAUCAUCAUGUCCACAGCUGUGACUCCUUCCAGUUGCGCUGUGCACAUCAUUUGUUGCUUUUGAAAGGGCAAGUCACGACUGGGUACUACCGUUUCUUGGCCAAACAUGGUGGCUGGGUAUGGGUUCAGAGUUAUGCAACGAUCGUACACAACAGUCGCUCAUCCCGACCUCACUGCAUUGUCAGUAUCAACUACGUUCUCACGGAGAUGGAAUACAAAGACUUUCAGUUCUCUCUGGAUCAGGUCAUCUCCAGGACCGUUUUCCCUUUCAGCAGCAAUACAGCGAGCAACCAGACAGAGAUGGGCAGUGCUACCAACAACAGAGUAUCCUACCCCAAAAUCAAAGCUAGGCUGUCACCAUCCAGGCAGUGUCCAAGUUUUCAGACAGAGUGGGCAGAUUCAAGUCAGGAUCGUCCCUGGAGGGGAAGAACCCUUACAGACAUGGCAACCCCACAGAUGCUGAAGACAAAUGAGGGCAUGGGCGUCUCCUAUGUGUACAAGCAGUGAACUGAUCAUGGUCGGCUGUGCUCUGGUGUGACUGAAGAGCAGUGUCAUACCGGUGUCGACCACAACACAUCCGUAUGCAGGCUCAAAGUUUAAAUUGUGAGAGGGCUCGAUGUAAGGCUGGGCGAUAUUUCCUUGGAGUGCCUCCUCCCAGCAGAGACACAUGGUGGAGUAAAACUAGGGCAAUAUUGCCCCAAAAUAAAGGCUCUGUGGCAAACCAUGAAGGAUAUGAUGAGCGCAUGCCACAUAUAACGCCAAUCGACAGCUAUGAUGGUAAGAUCUAAAAUCUAACUUUUAUUACUGUAUAAGUACAGUGAAACCUUUGAGGUAGACUGAAAUCUGUUGCAUGAUGCUGGUAUAUCUCUGAAUAAUUCCUAUUCAAAAGUAAAUCAAUAAAAACACAAGUAAU